GACUCGUUCUGGACUCCUCUCCGGGAUACGGGACGCUCAACGCGUGUCUGGGGUCUCCCUAUUUGUAGCCUUUCGGACAAGGGACGGUUUGGGUCAUCGUUCUCUGGACUCCAAUGGUGCACAUUGCGUUCAGAAGGAGGGCGACCGCUCGUUUUUGGACGCUGAUUCUCCAUUUUCUAAUUUUAUAAUUAAUGCCAGAACUGAGAACAAUGAAAAAUAGUUUGCUGAAAGAACGAUUUUUCUUCGUAAUAAAGUUGAUUUUCUUAAGUUAGUUGCAUAUACAUCAUGAUAAGCAGACAAGCUGGAAUUGAUGAAGAUUUGUACGGCGGGUACAAUGAUUAUCCUUCGAUAUAUAAUACUGAGGAUUUGGGUGAGGAUAGCGUGUUUCAAGAGGCUGUUCAGAUGAGUAACUACAGGAAAAAUAUCAUAACCCCAAAGGUACCUGGAACAGCAAUGAGACUGGGAACAUCUUCAGGG